CAACGCACGGUUAUGAGAGCGAAGCCAGCCAGCAUAUGCACAAAAAAUUGAAUUAAAUAACGACUCUAGAUCAUAUAUAAUCCCUUCGUCCCACCGUGCCAUUUUUUCCUAGAGGAAGACAACGACCAAUCCUCCUCCUCCGCCAGUAACGGUGUGGAGGAGACCAUCUGCACCUUAUGCACGACGUCAGCAUCGCAGCCCCGACCCACACAUCUCCCGCAGCCACUGUCGAAGAGGAGGAAGGAGACAACCACACAGCCGGGGGCAAUUCGCUUUUUCCGGCGCCAAAGUUAGCCAUUACUCUGACCGAGAGCAAGCGGACGAAGUCUAUCACCACUGUCACCAUUAGAUUUGUCAUCAUCGCCCUGCACGCCAGUGACUGGUGGUCAUCGGUGAUGCCGCCGAAGUCCGUUGUAGCCAAAGUCAGCCUGCUACCUCAAAAGACUGCUGUUGCUGCUUAGGAACGUGGAGGUGUACUUAACAGUGACCAGAGUCACCUGCAUCGCCGUCAAAAAUGAAGUCCUCACUCUCAAGGACACCUCCCUCUCCAGCAAUCUGCUCCGGCGAUGCAGAGAAUCCACACUGCCAUCGUGAAUCUCGGCCUGGACGCCAAAGUCGAAACCACCACUGCGCAUUCGCUGGCCGUGCUCAAGACCCUGUAUCCGCCGGCUGAUAGCUCGUUCCGGCCAAAUCUGAUCAAGUGUGUCGAUUGGGUCGCCGUUUCUGAUCAAUUAUUUCGCGUACAUUCUGUACAAGGCUAAUUCGAAGCAGGCGUCCCUCAGAUUGCUCUUCCAGCCCAGCGAUGGGAUUGUCGACCCCAAAACCGGUCUCCACUUUGGCAAGAUGCUGUUGGCCCAGCUUGUUCAUCUCACAUCCAGAGACAAAGGGACGAAAGAGGGAAGGUGCAUAUGUUCACAUGCAUUCAUCACUCUUUNUCUGAUCAAUUAUUUCGCGUACAUUCUGUACAAGGCUAAUUCGAAGCAGGCGUCCCUCAGAUUGCUCUUCCAGCCCAGCGAUGGGAUUGUCGACCCCAAAACCGGUCUCCACUUUGGCAAGAUGCUGUUGGCCCAGCUUGUUCAUCUCACAUCCAGAGACAAAGGGACGAAAGAGGGAAGGUGCAUAUGUUCACAUGCAUUCAUCACUCUUUUUUAUAAAGUGGGAUGCUUUGGAUGUAUCAACAAGGUAUAGGGUCCAUCAUUGGGCAUCAUUGUACGAAAGCAUGCAAGGGAAAGGAGGUGGAAGAGAUACUAUCAGGGGCCCACCAUUGAUUAAUGAAAGAAGAGGGAAGCACGUGAUUUUGGAAGAGUAUGGAAAGGAAUGGAUAUGGGAUCAUGCCAUUAUUCAUGGCCCCACAAUCAUGGAUGAAAACAUCAUGGGCCGAUUCUCAUGUCUCCCAUUUCCAAAGGGAUGAGUUCAAGAGGAGCAAAAAUAUUGUAUCCACGCCAAAUGGAUAUACCCAUCCCGCUUUGAUCCACUACAAAUUUUAGAAGGAAGACUGGGACACAGGCCCGGACCUGGCACGCUGGUUACUACACCGGUCUUGCUCAGUAUAAAAUAAAAAAAUAAUAAACCCCGAAGAGGGGCCCGGAAGAGGGUAUGCCUGCAAGAGGGCUGGACCUGGAAGAAGGUUCGAACCGUACUUACACGGGCCCAUGAGGUUUGACCGGUAUCGGGGAAUCAGCCGGUGCCAUCAAACUGAUUGGGGACUAAAAGAUGCCCAUUAAAAGAAAUAGAAGAGGGAUCGUCCACCGUGGCUCAUCCUAUUUCCCCCUUCUCAGGGAAGACUUGAACGGGGGGGUGAGCUAAGGCCUUCCCGGGAUAGUAAAUAUCAAAGGGCCAUUAAAAGACUUAAUCACCCGGAAGAGGGGGCCCUGGAAGAAGGGUUCAUUUUGGGCCUUGGAGAGGGCUCGAAACCAUCCGACAUGGUUAAUUCUCCAAUGUUGACCUGGCCCGGCCAGCAGCAUUAUCUUAUUGGAAGACUGAGACAUAGGCCUGGCAUGGCACGCUGGUUACUACACCGGUCUUGCUCAGUAUAAUAAAGAAAAUAUGUGACCCAGUCGAACUGGUACACUGGUCUCACACCAGUCUUACACAUAUUUUCUAAUAAGCCUGAGCCCAAUCGAAUUGGGUACACCGAUUGCACAUCGGUUUCAGCAAAAAAGUGAGCAAACUCAUAUCGGGGACGCCCGAUUCAUUUAAGCCCUCAAUCUGAGGCACUUUGAUCGAAGAUGGUCUCCGCGAGACAUGAAGAUAAUUACAUCAGUCAGCCGGGCUAACGCUGAUCUUCAACAAAGCUGCCGCAACAUACACAAUUCUUAUUAACUAACGUCGAUGUCGUCUGUAUACUAAUUUCGUCAUGCAUCGUUUACUUAAUUCGUACUGACAUCGGUCUCGACGAAAUAAAUACUUGAAGCACCGCCACUUCAUCGUACUAACUCCGGUGUCGUAUAACUACUCGAAGCAUCGUUGCUUAAUCGAACUGACAUCGCUAUUGUUACAAUAAUUAUUCGCGCGAAGUUUAAUCACUCUAACACCGAGCUCCUCGGUAAAGAUAAUAAAAUUAUUUGAGCACGGCAUAGGCCGGUCAAAAAAAAANGAGAACUAAUGAAGACUCGGAGGACUAGCAACAAUAUCAACCGGUCAAGAAUCCAAAGUACGAAGAUCGAAGAUAGCACUCGGAGGACUUGUUUACUUUUUCAAGUUGAUGAUUCUCACAACUUAAAAAAGUGGAGGACUUAUUGAUGGGAAAUAAUACGUGGCUCGGCCCACAUUUCCCAAUUAUUUUACGAAGAACAGUCAAACCGGGCCUGUUUAAUAAAAUGGAGGAAUAAUAGAAUAUUCCCCCCGUAGAUGCUCCAGCUACCCCUAUAAAAGAAGGGCUCCCCCUCAAUGCUAAGGGAGCCAAUUUCACUCUCAUUCCCUGCUCAUCUACUCUCUCUCUAGAAAGCUUUAGUGUAUAUUUUCUUCUUCUUCAAGAGCUCAAAUGCUCCAUUAAUGGCUUCUACGCCUAAAUCAUGUACCGUGUACACACCCCCGAUAUUAAUAAAAAUCCCCCGUUGGCAAGGUACCGCCAAAAAAGGCUCGUGGUUUUCUCCCGAUUUGGGUUUCCACGUAAAAAUUCCCGUGUUUAUAUUUUGGUGUAUUUUUUAGACUAGUUUAUCGUUUUAGCCGGGCUAAAAAGAUAUACCGGUCGAUAAUUUACACCAUCACAAACCAUAAAAUAAUUUUAAUUUG